AGUUUAGUCGCAGAAGACACUCACAAAGAGAGAGAGAGAGAGAGAGAGAGUGCGUUGACGACAUCUUGAGAGAGAGAGAGAGAGAGAGGAAAAUCUCGGUCCCUGAAAGUGAGGAAAGACGGUGGUGGUGGGUAGGAUCUGGCGGUGUAUGAUGGGAUCUUGCAUAUGCCCGUUGGAGACUCCGGCCAGGUUGCUUUGGACCACAAGCUUCUUCCGUCAUAAGCUCAUGAUCUUCUAAUCCACACUUAACAACAACAACAACAACAACAACCCUUCUAAAUUCUCAAAAACAACUUUCUAAUAAUCCGCACUAACAAGUAAGAACUCACACACUGUAUCACUAUAAUACUAAUCUCUCUCUUGCCAUAUGGAAUCUGGACGCCUUUUCUUUGACGCCUCUGCUUCUCGCGCCAACAACAUGCUCUUCCUCGGCACCACUGAACUCGCUUUUCGAGGGAGAUCGAUGAUGAGCAUGGAGGAAGCCUCUAAGAGGCGACCUUUCUUCACCUCGCCGGAUGAACUGUAUGAUGAGGAGUAUUAUGAAAAGCAGUCCCCGGAGAAGAAGCACCGCCUCAGUUCCGAUCAGGUCCAUCUGUUGGAGAAGAGCUUUGGGGAGGAGAACAAACUGGAGCCUGAGAGGAAGACCCAAUUGGCUAAGAAGCUGGGGUUGCAGCCCAGGCAGGUGGCUGUGUGGUUUCAGAACCGCAGAGCUCGAUGGAAGACCAAGCAACUUGAAAGGGAUUAUGAUAUUCUCAAGUCUUCCUAUGAUUCCCUACUUUCAUCUUAUGAUUUAAUUGCGAAGGAGAAUGAGAAACUCAAAUCUGAGGUGGAAUCCUUAAAUGAGAAGCUUCAACUUCAAGCUAAAGAGGUACCUGAGGAACCAUUAUAUGACAAGAAAGUUGAUCCACUUCCGGUAGAUAAUAUAGCUCCUAUUUUCAGCACAAGGGUGGAGGACCACCUUAGUAGUGGGAGUGUUGGAAGUGCAGUGGUGGACGAGGGUAGUCCCCAGCUGGUCGUUGACAGUGUUGAUUCAUACUUUCCAGCUGACAACUAUGGUGGAUGUGUGGGCCCAGUUGAAAGGGUUCAGUCAGAGGAGGAGGAUGGGAGUGAUGAUGGGAGGAGUUACUUUGAUGUGUUGGUGGUAUCUGAAACUGAGCACCAAAACCAUGAAGGAGAACCAUUGGGUUGGUGGAGUAAUAUGUAUUAUGAAGGCUGAAUCAUAAUGUACCAGUGCUUUUUAAAUUAGAUGCUUAAUUAAGAAAAAAAAAAAGUAAUAAUAUUGUAUAAUUAGACGUAUAAUGUGGACGAUACAGUUAACGCCCGGUUUGGGCGGCUUGGACCCCUAGGGGUUAGAGUGUCCUCUAGCCAAGUUCAAUAAAUAAAGUCUAGAAAAUUUGAUCAA